AAUGUAGCUUAUAUACCAAAGGAACAUAAGAUUCGAACGAGCUUUCGCCCAUGAUUUCAGUCCUGCACAACAUGAGUUCACGAUGACAAAAUUCGGCAAGCAAUAUUCGACGUUAGCAUUAGCAGUACUCGUCUGCUUGGUAGUUAUUCGAGAAUCGGAACAAAGGAGUCCAAACGGCAAUGCGCAGAUUGAGGAUGCUUAAGCACAGUCGGUAGAACACCUGAACAGAUGGGCAGAAACUUACGACGGUUAAAGCUUGGCCCGAAAUAGUGAUUAGGCUUAAAAAACGAUCGAUUUUUCUCGCACAAACGACAUUCGACUUCAACGUAUGGACAAUUCUGACCGCCGCAAGAAGCUGAUUUCCCGUUUCGACGACGUUGACAACGUGACAAAACUUAUUGACGAAAUGAAAUUAAAAUACCGCUCAACUAUGCCAACAAGCAAGGAAUUAGGAAGAUACGAAGACUAUUACAAGACUUAGGAAGAGUUUGAUCACUUGUGCAGGGUGUUAGACUAUUAAUAAUUCAACUCCUUUAAAGAUCUUGAAGACCGGUUAAAAUGUUUAUCAAUCAUAGCCAGGCCACAUGUAUCUCUGCGCGCCAUUGGAACCACGCAUGAAAAUCGAUCUAUUUACGUGAUGGUCGUCAACCCGCAAGGCCCCACAACGAAUGCUAUGUGGAUCGACGGUGGCAUGCAUGCAAGAGAAUGGCUCUCAAUAGCUGUCGCAAUGGCAGUGCUAGAAACACUUAUUAUUAUGUGCACUUUAAAUGACGAACACAUCUUGAAAAACCAAUGGUUCGUGGCACCUUUAGUUAACCCUGAUGGAUAUGAAUUCUCCAGAACUCAUGACAGAUUGUGGAGGAAGAACCGAUCACCAUAAAUACAUAGCUCGCAUUGGGAGAUUUGCACUGGACGCGUAUAUCGGUACGGACAAUCCUACGAAAUUUUGUACCCAGCUUCAGGGACGUUUACUGAUUGGGUUGUUGGAAGUUUGGGCAUUAAUUUGGCUUACGUUAUCGAGCUCCCUGACGAAGGUGACAGAGGGUUUUUUGCUUCCCCGACCGACAUCAUGCCUACUACUAAAGAAGUGCUUUAUGCUUUGAAUCGUCUGUAGAUGGCAAUGUAUCUGUCACCUUGUGAUCCCCCAAGAUUUGAUUUUGAAAAAAAUUCCGGGAGAACGUUGAUCAACAACGCUUUUAAAACAAAGGAAACUGCCGAAAAUUCAUGGAUUGGCUUGGGUGAUACCGAAAUGAUAAUGGAAGAUGCAGUUGAUGGGUUGAUGUCUCAGGACAGAAAAUUACGUUUACACGACGAACAAGUGACCAUACGAGAGAGCUUUUCAAGAAAUAAACCUUCUGUUCACAAUAUUCAAAUUGUUACCGAGAGCCCGCGUGGAAGUUACAAAAUGAGAAACUUUACUUCUAAACUUGGUAACCAUAUUUUGAUUUGCUUUAAUUGCUCCAAUUUUAUUGACAAUAGUCACGGUGGUGACACAUAUUCACGUUAAAGAGCGCAUGAUGUUCCAUCUAAUGAAAAACCUAAUAAAAAUAAAAAAGGCGUGAAAAAAACGGAAGAAAAGAAAGUUUCGCAGUACAAAUUUUAAAAGGAGGAAGUUACGACGAAAGUGACAAAACGCAAGGAGCCAGUCAAAGAAAAAUUCUCCAAUCACACAAAGGAACCUGUUAAAGGAGCCGGUCAUAGUGAUUUGCACUCAAGUUCGGUUUCGCAGUCAACGAUGCCGAAUGAAAAACCGGGCUAAGAAACACCAAAAUAUAACAACAGUGAAAAGCCAUUGAAAUUUGAAGGAUAGAAUAAAGAACCUGACAAUGAUGAACAUCGAAGGCUGCAAAAUAGUCAAGUCGAUGCGCAUGAAACAAGACAAGGUAAUGAACCCUCUAACUCCGGACGGAAUAAACUUAAAACGUACCAUAACACAACGAAGAAAUAUAGUUACGAAAAGGAAACGAGAGCAACAGAAAUUCACGCAAAAUCUCCCGGUGGCCAUGGCCAUCCGUUCAAUACGAGUUUGAGCGAAGCUGCGAGAAAGGGUGGUCACCGACAUCGACACCAGAGGAGGCCAGGCCGAAAAUGGAAGUGUAUGAAGUGGAAACGUCGGCACAAUCAUACAAAUGUUGAAAAAACUUCCCAGUAGUAGAGUAAAGACAGAAGCGCCGCUGACCCAUUCGUCUAAAAUGGUUAAUUUUAGCCUGAAAAAACUGACCAAACAACCGACCUUCCAGAUUUAAAUUCACCCGUUCACAAAAAGAAGAAGCAUUAUCAUGCGACGAACUAGAAGAAAAAUUCUGCAACAAAUUACGUGACGUAAUCCUUAAAUAUUAGAAACGAGAAUUAAAAACAUGAAUUCAGGAAACAUCAGUUGCACAGGAGUUCG